AUGAGUUCAAUUACGUGUAAUACUACCAUCGAUGAUUCAGAAAAGGAGACUGAAAAAGAGGAAGAGGAAGCUUUUAGGAAGAGGUUGAUGAAACAAUUCGUGUUGCUCUCGAUGCAACAACAAGAAGAGGAUGCGAAGUAUUCGUCCGCGGAGGCAAAAUUCAUCGCAAAACUUCUAAAAGAGGAAAAGUACCUGUUUUGCUUGAAUCGAGAGGAGAUUUUGAGGUACGGGAAGGACAGAGUGGAUUUAGGCCCCGUCGUUAAUGUGGCAGAGGAGAAGGAGCAAAAGAAGAAAUCGAACGACGAUGAUGGUGAAAAUGUACAACAAAAAGAGAUGAUUUACGCGAAGAUGUUCGACGACGUGUUCCCAACGUCGACGUUGCGAAUGAUGCAAAAGCAGUUCGGUGACGUCCAGUCGCCGUUUUGGAUGCAGCACGAGUAUUUUAAUCGUGAGAAGAAGAAUUCACAAAGGCAGUUCUUUUCGUACGUGCACGAUAUCGUCGUCGGGGAGAACGAAGAAGAACGUACUAAUAAUUUUUCGAGCACGAUGGAUGUUGUCAUCGAGUACGCGAAAUGCGUCGCCGGUCGCGCGUUUCCGAGAGUUUUACGCGAGGCCACGAAAGCAGAGUGGUGGUGUCAUAAUCGAGCACACUGUGAAGGACACCAAAUGCAUUUUGACUCUGACGAUGAAGGUAUCAACGGAUUGAGACAUCCAAUCUGUUCCGUGGUCGUGUUCAUAUCCGCCAACGGUGAGAUGAUGGAGGAUGAAAGGAACAAGAAUAAUAAGCGACAAAGAACAACCACCUCGGAAAACCCAGCAGCGUUCGUUGGAGGACCGACCUUAGUGACGACGCAACGCGACGGCGAUCAAAAGAAUACCAACUUUAACGAAAUCAACGGUUGGUUAGCGUAUCCGAAAACCAAUCGAUGCGUCGUGUUUGACGGAGAGUUGUUACACGGAGUCGUUCCUGGACGAGGCUUGAACGCUUUCAUUAAUAACGAUUCAUAUACCGACGAGAAGAGCACACCGUUACCGACGCGAACGACGCUGAUGAUUGCAUUUUGGGAUGAUAUUGAAGUUCGCGGAUCGAUUGGUUCCAUCGGGAGCGCUCGAGCGUUUCCGACUUAUCGACAAGUGAAGGACGAGAAGGCGCACUGGCGAAACUUAUUCAAUAUUGAAGACAAAGAAGAAAGUGGGGUUAUUCAAGACCGAACCGAAAUAGAAAAACGCGCGUUGCGAGCACCUGAGAUGUAUCUCGUACCGGUCGAGAAGGUCUGGCAUCCUCUGAAUGAUAUCGCGAAAGAGAUGAUAACGUUGCCAAACUACGAUAGGUGUUUCCAAGGAUUCUAG